AUGUCAGCAUCCAGUAAUGAUAAAAAUCAACUUGUUCUCGGCUAUUGGGCUAUUCGAGGACUAGUUGAACCGAUACGUUUAGCUUUACAUUAUGCUAAAGUUCCAUUCACCGAUAAAACAUAUGAACAAGGUGAAGGUCCAGAAUUUAGCCGAGAACAAUGGUUGAGCGAAAAGGAAAAGCUUGGUCUCGAUUUUCCAAAUCUUCCGUAUUUAAUCGAUGGUGAUUUGAAAAUGACUCAAUCAAAAGCCAUUUUAUACUAUCUUGGACGCAAAUUCAAUCUGUUGGGUAAAACACCAGCUGAAGAGGCUUAUGUCAUGAUGCUAUGCGAAGAAGUUUUUGAUGUCAAAAUACAAAUAUCUGACUUUGUUUACAGUCCAAAGGGUGAAUCUAAAGAUGAACGUAAACAAUUCGUGGAGAAAACUUUUGCUGAUCAACCAACAGUUGCAGAUUUUCAAUUAUUCGAUUUUCUCGACUCCGGUUUCGCAGUAGACGACGAAAACACUCUUAUUGAAAAGUUUCCGAAUACCAAACAAUUUCUGAAUACAAUUCGUGAAUUACCAGAACUUUCAGAUUAUAUUGCAAAGGCUCAAGCCAAAUUUCCAAUUAACAACAAAGUGGCAAAAUUUGGUGGCAAAGUCCUCGAAAGAAAAUGA